AGGAGGGCGAGCGCGGGCGUGCGCAUGCGCCGCUAUGGCCGGCCCCGAGUGGAAGAAGCGGGCGCUGCCGGUGCUGGCGGGGGCGGCGCUGGGGUCCGCGCUGGCGGCCGAGGUGCUGGCGCUGCUGCUGCUCCGCCGCCGAGGGGAGCCCUUCCCGCUCCCGACGCUGGCGGCGCUGCUGGCCUUGCUCGGGAACGCGCUCGAGAGCGCGCGCCGCUUCGUCACCGCCUCGCCCAGCACGCGCGGCGUCAUGCUCGCCGGCGCCGGGCAAGGCUGGGACUACUGCUAUUCCUGCCAGACCCACGUUCCUCCCCGCUGCGGCCACUGCUUCUCCUGCAACGUCUGCAUCCUGCGCCGUGACCACCAUUGCACUUUGCUGGGCCAGUGCCUGGGCUACCAGAACUACCGCUACUUCCUCAGCCUGCUGCUCCACGGCGCCGUCCUCCUGCUGUGUUGCGCCGUUCUCAAUGCCGACGUGGUCUGGACUCUAUUGCAGGAGAAACCCCUGGCCCAGACGGUGCUCCUGCUGGUCCUGCCCUGGCUGAUGCUGCUGACAGGGCAAGUGAACUUCACGGCCUUCUUCUUUGCCGUGGUGACCGACGCUUGCCUGGCGGGCUGCCUCUUCUGUGCCGGGUUCCUGUUCUUCCACAGCCUGCUGGUGCUUCGGGGUCAGACCACCAAGGAAUGGUUCGAAGGCGACCGCAAGUACAACAUGGGUUGGCGGGCGAACCUCCGGGAAGUCCUGGGCAAGCGCUGGCACCUUGCGUUGUUCACCCCUUUUGUGGCUUCUCCUUUGCCGGGAGAUGGCAUCACUUUCCGAACUCGGCCUCCCAAGUCGGAGCCCCUCCUCAAAACCCGCGACCUCUAAAGGAGACAUGGUGGAAUGAUGUCUUCCUUGCCUGCUUCUUCACUCCGGCAAAGAGCAAAUAAUCUGGAAAUCACCGUUUUUUCCUCUUUCUUCUUCAAGGGUGCCUGGUCUGCGCUGUUUGAAGGGAGAAUGACGGCGGUCUCUGCUUGAAAGCCGAUGAGCUGUUGUCAAAGUGGUUUCCUUUGUGGGCCGUUGUUUACAUCCAUGAUCUAAUAUGGACGUUUUCCCACAAUGGGGACGGUCUUUGGGGCCUUGGAAAUGGUCUCGAAAAAGGAAGAAGUGGAGUCGUAGUUUGGGCUCCACUUGCCUGAUACCUAUGGGUUGACACUGGGAUCCAAAUGUAUGUUUUUCUGGCCAUUUUUAUAAUUUCCUUUGGGGUCCUUCCUUUCCAUUGCAGCAUUCCUGUAUUUGUAUUGCUUCCUGAUCUCCGUUUCCGUUGGCAUCCUCCUUCAUAGCGCCAGAUUAUUUUCCGUCACAACAUUCCACUUUUAUAUUCAGUAAGCGUGAUCAUUGCUUGUCAAAGCCUUUAACGUGGUUUUUAUUUGCCUCUGUGUCCCACACUUUGCAAGCUGUGCCAAUGGGAUGGACGCGGGACAGUCUGCAGGACUGUAGAAUUGAUGCACUUUGACACCACUUUGGAGUCAUGGGAGUUGUAGUUCUCCCAAGCCUUUAGCCAUAACUACAAUUCCUAGCAUUAUAUUCACUGAACGAUGGGGAGAAAGUGGUGUCAAACUGCAUUUGUUCUAUAGUGUAGACCAGGCACAGGCAAACUUGGGCCCUCCAGGCGUUUUGGACUUCAACUCCCACAAUUCCUAACAGCCGGAAGGCUGUUAGGAAUUGUGGGAGUUGAAGUCCAAAACGCCUGGAGGGCCCAAGUUUGCCCAUGCCUGGUGCCUUCUUCUCAUUUGUGGCCUAUUUAAGAGGAAUAUUGUUAUAUAUAUAUAUUUCACGUUUUUCAUUUAAUGUCUCAUUGACCCACCCUUGGACGUUCAGACACAUUUUUACCCAUUAAAGUAACGGCUUAAAGGCAAGAAAGAAAAUCCUGCCGUGUCCUUUGAAGCAAUAAAUACCAAAUUGUAUAUAUAUAAUAAAGGUGGCUGCUUAGGAGCCAGGACUUUC